GAUGAAUCUAAAAGGUCGAUCAAGUCUAGAAAGUUUGAAUUUUUGAUUUCAACUUGUUUCCCUCCCCCCAUCUUUCCCUCCGUUUUCCGUUCCUUGGUGAAUGGAGCCCCAGCAUAUAGUCACGAGAACCCGCACAAUCAAGCCCUCUGUACGCCUUAGACAGAGCCCUGACCCCUCCAAAACACGCCCAGCUACUACAGAAUACCCUAUAUUUCCUCUGCCACACGUUGCUCUACACCCUGAUGACUCUGCAAGCAAGGUCUUGCUCGCCAUAGGGAGAAGUUUCAUGUCGGUCGAUAAUAAAGCAAUGACAAUCAAGGACUUGUCAGAGAUGACCAUGACUAUGGGUUACAAUUGCCUAAAUGUCUCCGCUGCGUCUCAAGCAAUCACGACUUAUAUUCGAGCUCAUCUACAACGCUGCGAAGUACAACAAGAUCAACCAUUACUGCUUAAACAUGUGCUCUCAGGCACUGCAGCUGACGAUGACUUAUUGCCCGCCUUGUAUUCGACAUGUGGUGGCGCAUCCUCGUCGACUGAGUCUCGAGCCACUAAUUUUCGGCGAGGGACUGUCGUUUGGUACUUAAGUCGAUCCACAGGCGCGCCAUGUCCUUUUGCCCGUGCUGGCAUUCGACUUUGCGAUUACGUGGACCUUGGCGCGUCUCAGACUACGCUCAAGAAGCACAUAGAUCCUCAGCAGUGUGGGCAGAAACGAAAGCGUCGAUCAACUAGGGAAUGUGUUCUGAAGAACUCGGCUCUUCUAGAGCAGUCACGUGAAUCGACUCGCUCAUUGUCACCGCUCUCCUCCAUCGUCGAUAGCGAAGUUAGUGAAGACUCGGAUGUAUCCCCAGACAUUGACGAGCCACCUCCAGUCAAGGUCAAACUUACACUCAAACUCCCUCCGCUAACACGUGUUAGGAUGGAGGCCGCGCUGGCUAAAUCACCUCAAGAAAGUCCAGUCUCUUACCGUCGUUCACCGUCGGUGCCUUACUCCGUCGCUUCUAUCGCAUCGCCACCACCAGAAUCUGAUAAUGAAGAGGAGGAUAGUGGUAGCGAUGAUGAUAAUGAUAAUGGGUCAUCAACAGGAAGGGAAAUCGAUAUUUCAAUGGAUGUCGACGAUACAUCAGUUGAUGAGGAAAUACUGCCUGAAGACCUUGAUGAUGACGAGGCUCAAUUUUCUGACGAGUGGGACGACGACAAUGAUGAGGAGGUUAGCACCACCUGGGAGUCUCCUGGUCCUCGCUCCCCGUCAGCUCAGCCACCCGCUUUUAGAGUUAAAGAAGAGCCGCGGGACGUGCAAGGAUUAUUGGAUCAAUGGGAAUAUGAUUUGGAUCUGAAAGAGCCGCUUGUGAAAUCAGAGGAUGCUUCUCUUCCAACAUGGGAUUGGGAUUGGGAAUCUGGUUACCACAGUUACAUUGCUCCUUCUUCCUCUCCUUCUAAUAAUUCAUCUGCUUCCAUGUCUCCAAUACAGUCUCGGAUCAAACAAGAAGAUGAGUUUGAUCUCUCCCUCUCUUUCUCUGGACCAGCAUUUACCAAUUGGAGGCAAUCUGCUACACUCUCGCCCACCACCCCAUUUGGUUUUACCUUUGGUGACGAGUCUGAUGUGUUUCCUAUAUCGCCUUCUGCUUUCCCUAUAUCGCCUGCAUCUCCUACCCCAGAUUAUAGAACUCUCCGGCCACGUGCACGUACUGUUCCUUCACUAUCCUUAGGCGGAUUUUUGCCUGGACAGACUCCAGAAACUCCAUCUCGACCCACGGAUCCUCCAAUUACUCACAGCCUCUCAUCGUUAGUCCAUUCGUUUUCAUUGAAUCCUCUGGAUGACUGCUCUCCGCUUACGACAUUUGUCUUUGACCGGCUCUCCUCGGAACCUGAAGAAACUGAAUCUGCUUCGGAGCUAUCUACGGCCAAAGAACAACCUCCACCGUGUAUCUCCCCUAACGACAUCCGUAUUGGCUUGAACGCACCAGAAUCUGUUGUAGUGAACACAUGCGAACCAUGUCUCCCCCAGAUCGUCGCAACGCAUGUAGAAGGUAUUGCUGUUUAUCAAUCAUCCCUGGGACCGCAUACCCUGCUCAGACGCAUCGAUACCGACUUUGUCAAUCUCACACCGAUAAUCAAAUAUGCUCAAACUCCGUAUCCUAUAUCUGCUAUAUCGGGCGCUACGACAGUCACUAAAGGCAGACAGGAAGUUCAAGGUGUCUGGGUUCCUCUCGAGGCUAUGCGACUCUAUGCACAGGAUUGUAUAACGAACAGGCCAUCAACUUCUUCCCCGGAUCCUGUUGCCAUCCUUGAUAUCUUUCUUUCUGAUUCACUCGUUGAGCGUUUCCCGACCGCUCUUCGGGAAUUCGUGCGAACCACCAGGGCUAACCUGACUAAUAAUGGCACAGUGGGAAAACAGUUUGGUAAGAGCUUUGGUGGUGACAGCGCUUCGUCGGCGUCUCCCUCUGGAACCCCCAAUCCUACGGUGAUGGCCGCUGCGGCUGCAAAGGACCGAAUGCCCAUCCACGAACAACCAUUUUUCCCUCCUUUGCUGUCAUGUGGUAUAUCCAUAUCAACACCCCCAUCAGUAGAGGUUCCUCUCAGUGCCACUGAGGAGAAAAUAUUUGACGAGUUCUGCGUCAAUCUAGAAUGGGAAAAAGCGGAGGAGGGAUUUGACUGUCUAAUGGAUAUUGAAGACGCUCUUCGAACCGCUCUGCCACUCAUGCGUACGCCUGAACGGUCCACGAGAACUCGUUCUCGUGCUCGACAGGUUUCCUUCUCUCCGUCCUCGUCUCCGCUCUCUUCUUGUCCUCCCUCGCCUGUGCUCGACAACACCGAAACACACUCAUCCGCGAAACUUGUUACCACGACUGGGCCACAGGUUGACGCCACUACUUCUUCGCCCUCGUCUAGCUCUUUGAGAAGGUCGAAGAGAGUAGCUGACGCAUUGGCUGCUAAAUCGAACGUGAGGACUCGGUCCUGCAAACGACGGUCGAAGAACCUUUCUUGAUAGCGUCGAAGUUGGUUUGCUGACAGGUACCAAUUCCCCUUUCCGUCGAUUUUCUUUUUCUCUGUCUCUCUUCUCUCGAUGUGUUAAUACUGCUAUCG